GGUUUUCCUGGAAAUGGAAACACACCAAAUGGCAAUGGCCAUGAUAGAAAAGUUCAAGAAAAUCCCUCUGAUGUUCCAUGGCAGAGAACUGAAAGUAUAUUUGUCUGAAAAAUACAGGAGCUUAGUAUUAAGGAAACCAGGCAAAGGAGUUGAUGAACUGUUAAGGAACAGAGAACGGGAAAAUCGAAAAAGGGGUCGUUCUCAUAGCCCUACUUCUAAAAGACCACGAUCACCCAGCAACAAGAGAAAGGCUCAAGAUAAAUCCAAGAAUUCUAAGGAAACAGACAAUGAAAAUGCACAAGUGGGCUCUCCUUCACUGGAGAACGCAAGCCCCAAACAGUUAGAAGGAGAGAAUGUUGCAAAAAUUAAGUCACAGGGUGGCCCUUCUCCAGACACCAAGAACUAUGAAGAAGGUGGCACGGAAGAAUUACUGUUGACAUAUGAUGAAUUAGUGAAGGACAAAUCUGCAACUGGUGACAGAGAGGAUGUUUUGGAAGUGGAAUUGGAACCGGAUAUAGAAGUUGGGCAUUUCACUGAAAGUGAAAUGAAAGAUGAGUCUGAUGCAGAACUAAGCUGUCGAGAUGCAGCACACUCAGAGAAGCGAUCAGAAGGCAUUCGGUGUCCAGAGUACAUGGAUGAGUUUUUUGCCCUUGAUGAGAUUGAUGAUCCAAAUGGUCAGAAAAUCAAAUCUGCUCAAACAGACAAACUGCUUACUGAUGACAUCAAAGAUGAACAAGAUGCUGAAAACGAAAGUUAUCUAAGAAAUAAUAUGAAUGAAAACACUGACAUGGAUGUAAAAACAGGUGAAGAAGUGAAGGGAAACAUUUCCACAUUAUGUGGAGAACCAUCAAGUGAGCAAAUCCAGGCUCUCUCUCCUCUUCCAGAUGAAUACAAACUUGGGCCAUAUAAACCCAACAAUCCUGUAGGUUUAGAUUAUGUGGUUCCAAAAGCUGGCUACUAUUGCAAACUUUGCCGUCUCUUCUACACAAGUGAGGAGACAGCAAAGCAGACUCACUGUGGCACCAUUGAGCAUUAUGAGAGACUUAAGAAAACACUGGCCAAGCAAGCUAUGGAAUACUGGAGAGAAAAGCAACAGCAAUUCGUUCUGGAGUGACCGAACAUAAGAACUGAGCAAAACAUUGAGAAGCAUAAUUCCAGUAUUACCCAAAACAUUGAACACAAUCUGACAACCCAGAUGGAUAUGAGCUUUUUGCAAUUUUUAAACUAGAAAGAUUUAUAUGAGUAUCGUGCUGUAAUGUUGAAAAACUUAGGGCUGUAAGAAAGUUUGAAUUUUGAAACAUUGAUGAUAGAUUAUAACUUUAAUGUUCAUGUUUCUUUUUGGUUUUGAAGCUUCAUUAAGUGGAACUCCCAACUGCAGUAAUCACUUUCUUCCAGCAGUGAAACACAGGCCUGUGCUUCAAUCCAAUUAUUUUACAGUGUUGAUCUCAAACUCAUUAUCAUCUUCUCACAGUAAAUUGCUUCUCAACACUUAACUAUGUUGAUUAUUUUUCAUGCAACAGUGAUAAUGUUUUCAGUGCUAGCAGUAUGAAGCUUCAAAACAUUUUUUUAAAAGUUUGAUUUGUUAACACCUGUUUAAAAUAAAAGCCCAAAACGUUGAACUUCUAACAUACAGUAUUUGUCUCUGGUUAAAUAUCUGUGAUUGGCUUGUGGAGACAUGAAGCUUUUAAUCAUUCAUUGCUAGUUAUGUUUUGUUGAGCUAAUAUAAAUGUUGACAAUGUAACUGGCCGUAACUGGAAAAAGUAAAAUGCUCUUUAGAAAGAAAUCCAUUACGAGAAUGAAUGAAAGAUUAAAUGGGAAUUAAUCUCAUCCAUCAUUGUUCCUUCACUGGUUUAAGUUAGAAUACUGAGUUGUCAGUUGUGUUUUCAAUUGUAAAACCAUAAGUAGAGAGUUUGUGAUCUGGGUUGUGAUAUAUUGGACCAACACUGAUAUCCAUCCAUCUCAACCCAAACUAAGCAAAUAUUUUGAGUUUUUUUUUCUUUAACAUACAUAUAAACAUUGGAAAAAUAUAACAUAUUCUGUUUUUGUUUUAAAGUAGUUGUUUCUUCAUUCAUUGUGAAUUUCCAUCUUCAAGUAGGAAUUAUUGUCGCCUGCAGUAUAAACCAGCUAUAAGAAAUGUCAUUGUCUGGGCAAUUUACAUGUGCUAAGUGCAACAUACUUGGGAUUGUUUUGGCUCUUCCCCUCCUUUUGGAUUAGCAGUAAUUCAUGUUUUUUGUGAAUGUUACUUUUUUCAGAGAAUAAGGUUAUGUACUGUAAGUACUCUGCCAUUUUUACUUUUGUAAGCAUGCUAAAGAACCAUUUUUCAACACUUAGUGUGAUGUUUGGUAAACAAGCAAUUAUAAUUUAUAACAAAUCUCAAUCUGCAAUGAAGAGUGUUUUCCAAAUAUCAUACCUGGUUGUAUGAAUUUUGUUCAUAGCAGAGCAUAUUUAGCUCAUUUUAUUGACUACUGUCAUAUUCAAUUUUCUUUAGGACCAAGUGAUCAGUUAAUGUAACAGCCGGUUUUUAAGGCACAUAACCAUAAUUGUCAGAGAUUUGGUCAAUGAUUGAAUAGUGGAAUAGGUAUUUUUAAGAUCUCUCUAAUGUAUCAAUUUUAAAGUGUACAUGAGAUGCUGCAUUUUCCGUUAACUUGUCUAGUCCUCAAGUAAUAUGUGGCAACCUCUUCAAAUUUGGAUGAAUCAAAAUUCUAAAUCUGGAAUGCAAUAAAAAAGUGUAUUUUGGAAGUCCCCAUUAAUGUGUUUUCUAGACUGAAGUAGAUUAUUUCAGGACACUAUCCAUGCUGUGGUAUGGGCACUCCAUUUGGCUUCUUGGGAUCUUUGUACUUUAGUUCAAUCAUUUAGGUUGCAGCAAGAUAUCUGGCAUGCAUGGUGAAAUCAGGGUCUCCAUACAACGUGACUACCUUAGAGCGUUUAGAGCUAGGAAACGUGAUGGUUGAAAUUUGUUGUGACCCGUCAGUGAGAACAAAGAGAGCAGGGGCCUGUUACAGGGAAGCACAGCUGUUGUAGUUCGGUCAGAGCUCUACAGGGGCCAUUUCUGCCCCAGAGCUCAUGACCCCAAAAUUUCAGCUCAAGACCUCAGUUGGAGUCCCAAACCCCCACUUUGGGAAACCCUAAUUUAGAAAUCACCUGCAUGAAAAUCCCCAGAGUGGGAUGGAAAAGUGAGGGGUAUUUUGCUAAAUUUAUUUCACUGACUUGUAUGCUGCGUUGUGUAAGAACUUGCCAAAUGGAUAAUAAAGGGGCAUGAACUACAUUGGUUAAUUCAGAUGUCAUGUUACCCAAAGCCUUGUGCAAUUGUAGCUCAUUUUUAGAUAUUCAUGUUACUGAUGUCAUGCAUGUCAUUGUGUAAAUUCUUGCGUAUUGUCAUAAAGAUAUUCAAGAUAUUUUUGCCAUCAAUAAAAAAAUUGUAAAUCCCAAAGGAACCAAAGUAACUUGAAAUAAUAGUUUGACACCAUUGGACUAAUUAAGCCUCAAACAUUUUUGUCAGUUGCACAUUUUCUAAGUACCGCAUUGUGCAGUAUUUAGAAAGUGUAGGAAUUCACAUUGUUUGAAAAAAGCUUAAACUGUCUAUACGGAACAUACAGUGGCAUUCUGAAAGUCUUAUAGCUCAGAAUUGCCACAAAAACUGAUUUUUCAUCUUGACAAGGUGUCAAAAGAUCAGAUUUGAGAACAUUAUCACUGUCCCAAAUUUUCUAUAAAGUGACUCGUUUUCAGUUUGACACAGUCAAAACCAGAUUCUAAUCUUCAUUUGCAGUUGAACUCAAAUACUUGCUUUUGCAUUUCUAAGAGCAAGCAUGCUUGUUUAUUAGAUCUAAGAGUGUAUUUAGUAAACUUCUGAGAGAUGGUGUUGGUAUUUAAAGUAUACAGACAUACUAAAUCAUUGCCGAUUAGAACUGUGAUGUACUCUUGCUUCUUGUUUAAAUCUGUGGUCUUUGGUACAGACAUUGUUUUGUAUUCAAACUGUUGAAAUUUUUUUUUGAUUUUGAUCUGUAAUGAACCAGAUGUUGUACAAAGAAGCCUUGGUAGAUCACUUGCCUUCCAAAUAGAUGGCCAGAAUUGAUUGCUAGAUUACCCUAUCAGGAGAAUCUGUCUGGCCUAGUAGAUAAGUGUUCCCAAUUCUUGGGCAGCAUGUGAAAGCAAGAUGUACCCUCUUAGAAGUGAUCUGUGAUUCCCAAGUGAUGUAUGACAUUUCUGAGAACAGCUAAACAUGGGAUACUGCAAUAAGCAGUAAAUUGGUGAGUAACUUAGUGAUUUGAAAACUGGUAGUUAAUGAAGUGGGCCGGCUUCCUUUUAUUUCAUGUUUGAUUGCAGUGUUGUUAAAAAUGGUUUGCUUUUAAACUCUUUCUUCAACUUUAAUGUGUCCAGGAUCAGUUGGAAAACCAGCUUUAAAUGAUAAAAUGUGAAAUUGUUGAUUUAUUUUGUUUGUUUAAAAUUGUGCUGUUGAGAAGGUUGGCUGGAAUGGAGAGCCUGUUAUGCCUGAACACUACACAAUAAAACUUUUAUAUUGUUAUUGGUGCAA